UAUGCAAUUUUUAGGAUAUUGUCCAGAAUAAAACAUACAAAUGAAACAAGUAGCAGAAAUUUACGACGAAGGAUUCGAAUAUCUGAAGUUAAAUGGCACACGCAAAUGUCCACGAAGAUACCCGUCCAACGAAGCCUAUAAAUAUCAACAGUGUUAUAGAUACAAGAACAUAUUUAUGGAUACGAGAAAAAUAAGUUCAAAAGAGAGCAGUUGGACAGCAUAUGUGUUUAUUAUCGUCAGUUCGUUUCAAUUUGUUAUCCUUGCCUUCUUGGUUGUGCUGAUGAAGAAAGAAAUUUGUGAAAAAUUCCGCAAAGGUUGUAAACAGACUAAUAAGAAUUUGGAACAGAAUAAAAAUGGUAAGUCCCCAUGCCGGGAAUGA